AUGGAUUCCUAUAAAGUUAUCGUAUGUCGAGAGGGAUUUUCUAAUAUGACUAGUAGUGGUUUGUGUUCUUCCGCCUGCACUAUUACUCUGAUUUGUGGCCAAUUUAACAUCCUAUUUGAUCCUGGCUGCCCAUGGGAUGAAAAUCUUAUUAAAUCAAUUCUCGCUGAGCAUCAUCUUAAUUUUCAAGAUAUUAAUUACGUCAUUUGCUCUCAUGGGCACGUUGAUCAUGUUGGAAAUCUUCAUGAUUUUCUUCAUGCAACGAUCAUAGUCGGCACUGACAUUUUAAGCAAAGGAAUGUCCAAGAAGGCUCAAAUUUCUUCUAGUGAUCCUUUUAUAAUCGAUAAUAAUGUUAGAGUUAUUUCCACUCCCGGGCAUACUCAACAUGAUGUUUCUCUUGUGGUGCAAAAUGUGCCAAAACUAGGUACCGUUGUUGUUAGUGGUGACAUUUUUGAAAAUCAGCAUGAUCGCACUGACGAAAAGCUUUGGAGAGAUGUUAGUAUAAGACCCGAUUUGCAAGAGAAAAGCCGGAACUUAAUUUUGUCCCUUGCUGACUAUAUUGUCCCUGGUCAUGGUCCUAUGUUUAGAUCAUGA